AUGAUUAUACCUCCGAUAUCUAUUACACCGACAGGAGCACCUCAUUUACUCUUAGAUACAAAUGUGCCCAGUGUGGAUUUUAUGCCUCCCCCCGAGACAUUGUCUCGAACUCCUCCUCAACAUAGAAUUCUCAUUACAGCCGAAAAUGCGGCCAAAAGAAAAAUAAUAGGUUCGCCAUUGAUAAAAGUUGAAACAACCGGUGAUAAUUCGAAUUCGGGUCCCGUGAGUUCCUGUGACAGCAUUUCUUCUGCUGCUUGUACGAAAUCAAUCGAUCAUUCAACGCAGGAAAAUUUAAUUGAUUACGCUACUUGUGCCGUUUCCGGAUUUACUGAACCCAAAGUUGUUGUUUCUCCAGUGCCAAGUUCAAUUUCAAAACGUGGAAAUGUUUCAAACGAUUUUAAACCUGUAGAAUCACCGUCGAUCGUUUCGAGUCAAAAUUCUACGUCACAAACAAAAUUGUUAUCGGACGCAUCGUGUGGUACAAAUGAUAAAAAUGACAAUCACGACGCUUUUGAAUCGAAAACAAAAAAUGAUAACAUAAACAAAGGAUCUCAUACUACAUCGAACGGACUUUGUGAUGAUGUCGAAAAAUUGCCGAAGGUAAAUGGCGAAGAAGACGAAUCGAAAGUCGUACGUUUCGGUAAAACCCACGAAGACAAUAAAAAAUCAGUUUUAAAAGAAAUUGAAAAACGGAAAAAGUUUGACGAAAGUUUAAACGUUCAAAUAUCUCACGUGCCUGAUGUAAAUAUAAAAAAAGAAAUUGUUUCUCCAUCUCCGCAAGUGGACAUUAGCGGAUUGGAAUUGUUGUCGAAUAGUAUCGAACAGUUGAUGUGCAAAAGAGAUAGUAAAAAAAUCGAUGAUGAUGCGAUAGUUGUCAAAAGUAGUGACGUCAUGUACGACGAAGAAAGAAAAGAAUUAUCCAACGAUGCUUGCGAGGGUGCCGUUUUAUUACAAAAUUUAAAAAAUGGAUUUUGGGACUCUGAAAAUAAUGACGAUCGUGAUAAAAAUGAUAAUGACGACGAUGACGACGAUGAAAACAAUACCGGUAAUCGUGAUGGUGAUGAUGUUAUCGUAAAUGAUAACGAUGAAUACCAGUCGGAAAAUUCAAAGAGCUUAGGAGGUUUGGGUUUAUUAUGUGCGUUAGCCGAGCAAAGAUUUCAAGAAGAAAUAGUGAAGGAAAAUCAUCAAAAGAUCAAAGAAGAAGAAGAAGAAGUAGAGCCAUUGUGCCGAGAAGAAAAAGAAAAUAAAAAAGUUAAUUUGAAUAUUGAACAAGAGAAUUUUGAAAAAGUUCAAUCAUCGGAAAAUGUUAAAAUGGAAAAAGGAAAUGAAAUUGAUGAGACAUUUAAAAAUGAAUCCGCGGAUUGUGAUUUUAACAGAAAUUAUCCAAAUUUAAAUAGUAUUAGUAAUACUAUUAACACAUUUAAGGAUUUUGGAAAGGAUAAUAAAAAUGUCGCAAUUGACGACGUUGAUGUGAAUAAUUAUAAAUUAAAUAAAAAAUCGGAAGACGCCGAAAGAAAAACAACCGAAAAGGAAAGGAAAAAAGUAGAAAAAGCCGAUUGUAAAAUUUCAGAGGAGCAAGAAAAUUUAAUUGUCAAAAGAGGUCCCGGAAGGCCGAAAAAGAUAAAAACAAAAAUGACCGCACACAAAAUAUGUGAUAAUUUGAGAGACGUUAGAAAAUCUAAAGAAAUGUCUCCUCCGAUUUUAGAAAAACAAACCGAUUAUCCUUAUUCAAAAGAAGAUGAUGACAAUUCCACAGAUAAAAAUUAUUUAAAAUUGAAAUCUCCAGGCGACAUAUUAAAACCGCCAACAUUGACUCCAAGUGCGAUAAUACUGGAUCCGAUACAUAAGGGAAAGGAAGAAAACUCGUCAAUGGAAGAAUCGUCUUUCCGAGGUAAGGUGAGUCAUGAGACGGUAACAAAAAAAACAAUAAAAUCCGAGAUCGAUUGGAGGGAAAGCGAAUCGAGAAAAAGGAAAUUAUUAGGUAACGGAAAUUUUCACGAAUCAUCAUCGUCUAAAAAAAGAAAAGUCGGUCGUCCUAAAAAACAUUUUUGUACUUCCGGAAGUGAAAAUCCAUUGACGGAAACCAUCGUGGCUAAAAAACCUAAAACAAAAUCAAAUUAUUUGUUUCAUUCCGUUUACGCGGUUGAAAAUUCAAACGGUUUAUGUGGGAAAACUACAGAGAUGGAGCCUAAAAAGAAAAUAUGGGAUGACGAUGAAAAUGACAAAAUAAAUUCGUUGGAAAAACUUCGAUUAGGAACAAUAAAACCUCACAAUUCGUCUGUCCCUGACGACGUUGACGUCAAAAAUUCUAAAAAGAUUCGGCCCAAAUUAAAAGCAGAACCGAAAAUCAAAGAAUGGACUUCCGACAAUGUUGUAGAAGACAUUAAUGCUAAUGAUAAAAAGAAAAAUUACUGCGACGAUGAAAAAAUGAAAAGUCAUAAAAAAACUUUGGAGAAAAUUCAAAAUGGAAACGUGAAAAAAGAAUCGAAAUUGCCGAGUUGCGUUAUAACGACAAAUCAUUUAAACAGCGACAAAUUUCCCAUGAGAACGUUGACGGUCAUGGGAGGAUUAUUUUAUGCUGGUCAAUUGAGUGCCAUAAGAGCUCCCGAUGUGUAUGGUAUCACAAUCGAUGGAGAAAGAGGUAACAGACCUCACAUUUAUUCCAGAGAAGAAAUACUCAAAGAUUCGGUGAGCAUCCAAUGGAAAUUUCGAAAUGGAUUUUGGCGCAUAAUGGAAGUGAAACCGGAUACGGCAGAACAUUUGAUUCCUGGUACCAGAUGCUGUGCAUACUGGUCAGAGCAAUACAGGUGUUUGUAUCCGGGAACCGUGUCGGCAUCGGCAUCACCAAAUUCAGACAUUGAUAAUAAAUUUGUAAACGUUGAAUUCGACGAUGGAGACAGCGGGAAAAUUAAUAUCGAUGAUAUCAGGUUGCUUCCAGAAAAUUAUCCCAUAGUUGAAUACGAUCCAAAUCCUCUGCAAAGUUUAACGAAACGAAGACGAAGGAUUAGCAGCGCGAGCAUCGAAAGUCAUUCCAAAGAAAGAAAAUCAGGAGAUUCGUCGUCAAAUUUUGAAAAACAGGAAAACGGAGACGAGGAGGAUCAAAGAAGUGAAGUCAUGGAGUCUAACUCCGUCGGUGACGACAAGUUACAAAAAACUAUUCACUUAUGUGAAACGGUAAAAUUUUUAAAUUUGGAAUCCGAAAGAAAACAUUUAAAGAAAAGAAGAAGAGAAAAAUUAAAAAGACUACAAUCGUUGUCCAUCGACGGUAAGAAAAAACACAAGAAACAUAGAUGUUCGGACGAGCACAGACAUCACAAACAUCAUAAAAAGCAUCGGAAGCACAAACACAAACAUGGGAAAAAACACGUUAUGGAUUUGAAUGGAGAAAAAAGUUCUGCGAGAGAACCCGAGGUAGAAGAAAACGGCGUAAAAGAAAAAACGGAAGGACAAAGUUUGAAAAAGAAAAUGAAGAGCAAGAAAAAAUUAAUGGAGGGUUCUUCGAGUAAGAGUCCGAGUAAAAGUGGAAAACCUAAAAAAUGCAAUAAAAGAACGGAUUCGGUUGAAAGUCGUUCGAAAAUGGCAGCAUUCCUACCGGCAAGACAAUUAUGGGGUUGGUCUGGAAAAGGUUACAAACGUCCUGGAGCAAAGGGAAGAGCGAGGAAAGAAUUUUACAAAACGAUUCAAAGAGGAAAAGAACGUAUAACGGUGGGUGAUUGCGCGGUAUUUUUAUCAACCGGCCGACCAGACAGGCCAUACAUUGGAAGAAUCGAAUCCAUGUGGGAAUCUUGGGGAACGAAUAUGAUCGUUAGAGUCAAAUGGUUUUACCAUCCUGAAGAAACCGUCGGAUGUCCUGCAACACUCGAAUAUCCGGGAGCAUUAUUCGAAUCGCCGCACGUUGAUGAAAACGACGUACAAACGAUUUCGCACAAAUGUGAAGUUUUACCAUUGAAAGAAUACACGGCGAAAAUAGGAAAUUCUCCUCACAGGUACGAAACCAUUUACGAUAAUAACGAUAUUUAUUAUCUCGCCGGUUAUUACGAUCCGACAAACACAACUUUAAAAAUGGAACCCGGAGUGAAAUGA